GAGGUGCUAUCGACGGCUACGCGCUCUGGGGUGCCAUUAUUACUUCUUUUGCAGGGUUUAAUAACAUGGUGUCUCUGAAGCUUCAGAAGCGUUUGGCCGCGUCGGUCCUCAAGUGCGGCAAGCGCAAGGUCUGGCUCGACCCCAACGAGUCGACGGAAAUCGCGCUCGCCAACUCGCGCCAGAACAUCCGCAAGCUCGUCAAGGAUGGCUUUGUCAUCCGCAAGCCGCAGGUCAUCCACUCGCGCGCGCGCUUCACCAAGCGCAACGAGGCCAAGCGCAAGGGCCGCCACACCGGUAUCGGUAAGCGCCGCGGUACGGCCAACGCCCGUUUGCCGUUCAAGGUCAUCUGGAUGCGCCGCAUGCGUGUGCUCCGCCGUCUCCUUCGCAAGUACCGUGAUGCCAAGAAGAUUGACCGCCACAUGUACCACGACCUGUACAUGCGCGCCAAGGGUAACCAGUUCAAGAACAAGCGCGUCUUGAUGGAGGUCAUCCACAAGCUCAAGUCGGAGCACAUCCGCGAGAAGGCCCUCAAGGACCAGUCGGAAGCCCGCAAGGAGAAGGCCCGCAACGCCCGCGACCGCAAGGCCGGCAAGGAAGUCGCCGACAAGCAGUAAGCGACCACUUGCGUCGUCCCUGCGAUUACACCACCCUGCUAAGACACAAUACAGCUCUUGAGCAAAAAUCAG